GAUGGCGGCCUUGACAAUGGAGCAUUUCGCUGCGCUCCAGAGCCUGCUGAAGGCCUCCUCAAAAGAUGUCGUCAGACAACUGUGCCAAGAAAGCUUUUCCAGUUCAGCCCUUGACUCUAAGAAACUCUUGGACCUUACAUGUUCCAGCUUGUCUGUAACCCAGGAGGAGGCAGAGCAACUGCUCCAGGCCCUGCACCACUUUACGAGGCUGGUGGCGUUCCGAGACCUGUCCUCUGCUGAGCCAAUUCUGGCUCUCUUUCCAGAAAAUUUCCACCAAAACCUCAAAAACCUGCUGACAAAAAUCAUCCUGGAGCACAUAUCUACUUGGAGAACCGAAGCCCAAACAAACCAGAUCUCUCUGCCACGCCUGAUGGACCUGGACUGGAGAGUGGACAUCAAAACCUCCUCAGACAGCAUCAGCCGCAUGGCUGUCCCCACCUGCCUGCUCCAGAUGAAGAUCCAAGAAGAUCCUAGUCUGUGUGGAGACAAACCCUCCAUCUCGGCUGUGACCAUGGAGCUGAGCAAAGAAACGCUGGACACCAUGUUAGAUGGCCUGGGCCGCAUCCGGGACCAGCUCUCUGCUGUAGCCAAUAAAUGAGCCAGCCAGCUACUGACCUGCAAAGAUGUGGGGGGUCAGCGCCGGGGCUGACAAUGGGUGGAGGUGGGACGGAGUGGCUGCUGCCACUCAGAAGGCACAGUGGAGGGAAUGAAGCAGCCAAGGCUGCUGCUGCCCUCUGCUCUUCUUUUUGUUUCUUUGCCUGGUGAUGAGCAGGAGCCGCCAUCCCUGAGAAGGCCCCAGGUGACGCUGAACUGCUGCUACCAGCAGUGUGAGGGAACAUGUUCUUUAUAUCAGCUGCCUGUGUGCACUGCUGUGGAAAACGCAGGCCCGUACUAUGGCGCCCACCUAAUGAGCGAGCUUACCUCCAGCAUUAGCUCAGAUGAGCUCAGUUCAAGCCUUGGAAAACAAGGAGGGAACUGGGGAGAUGCCAAUAGUGCCUGUUCUCCGUCACAGAAACCAGCAGAGUGGAGCACUGCAACUUGGUCCCUUCAGAGCCUGCCCUGAGCUUGCAGCCCUGCUGGGCUCCAGCUCCAGUCAAAAAACUGAAACUGUUAGCCACUGUUCCUGGACAAGAAGGCAGAAAGAUUGGAAAUAAAUAACAGUUUGAUGAUUGUG